AUGGCAAUAGGGGCCCCAAUACCUUACGACGCCGGCCUACACCCAGCUCACUACUACGAGGGAAAUGAACGACUGGGCCACAUAGCUCAGAGCAAGGAAAGGGAAGCAGCAGCAUCGCCCGCGGCGCACGCGACCCCCCAGGCCCAUAUGAGGGGCUCUGACGGACAGCAAAAAAUGCACAAUCCAGCAUCAGCAACAGCAGAAAUGACGGCAAGAGCCAGAACGGGGGAUACAGAAACAGCAGCACCAGCAACGGCAACAACAACAGCCCGCACGCAGAGGAAGGAAGAGGAGUGA